AGUUUGCAUUCUAGAUAUAUUAAAGUUCAGUGGUUUUUAUCAUGCUUUAAAUGAAAAAAUAAAUAAACAAUGUUAGCAAGAAUAUUUUUGCACAAUUGUGUCAAAAAAAAUGUUUACAGCAUUUUUAUAAAACCUAUUUACACUUUACAAAAUAAUUUCACCAGUGCAGUACAUAGUAAACCUCAAUAUUUAUUGAAUAAACAAAUUCCUAACCUAUACACAGUGAAAAGAUUAAGACACAAAAAGAACAAGUCUGAACCGAUCGAUACAACAUAUGAAGAUGAGAACAAAAAUGAUGAUGAUUUAUCCGAUCAAAUUGAAUCUUAUGAAAAACUUCACAAUAGAACUGUUCCUUCGUUACGCUUAGAUACUGUUCUUAAAACAUGUUUAGGUGUAGGACGCAGUAAGAUAGAUACGGAUUUUUACGAAAGUAAAAUUCGUAUAAAUGGAAAUAAAGCUUUAAAAAAGAAUGUAGAGGUUCACGAUGGCGAUGAACUUGAUGUAUUUAUUGAUGUAAGUCCAGAUAAUCCAAAUUUCAUAAUUGUUAGCCGAGUGAAAAUUGUAGCAACAAGUGUAUUGCAAAAUGGUUUUAAAGUGUCAUUUGUUAGGGAUAAAGCAUUACUAAUUGAAAAUUAUAGAUAACAAAUUUUCUUUUAAAAAUUAAUUGUAAUAAACAUUCUUUAUUAUAAAAGUAUAAAAUUAUUUUACAAAUUAUAGAUAAACAUAAUAGCAAUUAAUUGAUUAAUGAAAAAAAAUAUGAAAUAAUUUCUUAUAAAAUGUAAUAAAAAUAAAAUCAUAUUUAAAUUUA